GGUUGCUAGUUGUGUAUUGAAAUCGAAUCAACCGGAGGUGCACGUUCGUCUCGGCGAUUUGAUGACCUUCAGUUGUCACAAAUCAUCUUGCACACCAUCAUGGCCCAAGUCCAAAAUGGGUGUGCAGGUGAGUCUUUUGGGGUCAUGUUUGGCAAUGGCUUGGAUCAGCUGGUAGAGAUGCAUCACAGAGCUGAUGUGUUUUGUUAUGAAGUAUAAAUGUGUGGUGCCACGAUGCAACAAUAUCCCUGCUGUUUUCUUUGAUGCUGCAAAUGCUGACUUAUGUCAUUAACUUCACCAGCUGACCAGCCUCUUCCCAACACAGACCAAGUUCUGCCACUCCGCACCGCCAUGGCGCCGACCAAGAGCAACCCGCGCCGGAUCGUGCGCGCGGACGGCGCCGCCGAGCCGCCGGCGACGCCGCCCAAGCGCAACAGCGAACGCCUGGCGUCGCUGCGCCGCAAGGACGACAUCGUCAGCAAGAUGGCCGAGAUCUUCGACGACGUGGCGCCCAUGGAGUCGCGCUCGGUGGUGGCGGUGCCCGUGGCCGUCGACGACGCCGUCAUGCCCGAGGUUCCUGGAGAGCCGGUGCCGGACCCGAGCACCACCACCGAGGUGUGA